CACAUGACAUGAAGGCAGUGUGGAGGGAAAGCGGACGGAUGUAGUGGGACAGAGGCAGGACGACACGCCACGGGUAGAGACAGAGCCGAGCCGCGAGCGGAGGACGGAUCUGUGUGGAGAUAUUUGGAGUUGGAGGAGGACACUGGCACUUCUCUGAUCUUAGUAAGAAGACAGAUAAUUCACUCUCGGAGCACCGGUCAAACACUCACACAACCUCAUACACUUACACAUUUCAACAGACUCAUUAUCACAUACACACGCAGGCACCAGAGCAGAUAUGAGUGAGGAUAAACCAGCGGAUGCUGUGGAAACUGCCCAUGCUGAGGUAAACGCUAUUCCAAAUGGAAAAGGCCAUGAGCCCGGGGAGGAGAUCACAGCAUCGGCCAAAACACCGUCUGCAGACACCGGUGAAAAGGAAACUGUACCCAACAGUGCCCAGAAUGAAAGACCCACCAGAAAUGAGAAUACAGAGGCCAACCUCCAAGAGAGCCAGGAGUUCUUAUCGGGCAUGGAGGACAAAAAGACCCCUCAAUUUACAGAUUUUGAGGGGAAAACUUCGUUUGGGAUGUCAGUCUUCAACCUGGGCAAUGCGAUCAUGGGAAGUGGAAUCCUAGGACUGGCCUACGCCAUGGCCAACACAGGGGUCGUCCUGUUUUUGGUACUUCUUACAGUGGUGGCAGUCCUCUCGUCGUAUUCCAUCCAUUUACUGCUAAAGUUGUCUGGUAUUGUAGGUAUUCGUGCGUAUGAGCAGCUCGGCUACAGAGCCUUUGGGACCCCGGGGAAGAUGGCGGCAGGUAUUGCCAUCACGCUGCAGAACAUUGGAGCCAUGUCCAGUUACCUGUACAUAGUCAAGUAUGAGUUUCCUUUGGUCAUCCAGGCCUUUCUGAGGGUGGAUAAACCUGCAGGUGAAUGGUACCUGAACGGGAACUACCUCGUGAUCAUCGUGUCUAUUGCAGUAAUAUUACCUCUGGCUCUCAUGAAACAGCUAGGAUACCUGGGAUACACCAGUGGUUUCUCCCUGAGCUGCAUGGUUUUCUUCCUCAUUUCGGUCAUCUACAAGAAGUUCAAUACCCCGUGUCCAUUUACGGACUUUUCAUUCAAUAGCACGGCCAGUGUGCUGAAUGUCAGUGCCAUGGAUCCCGGUGGGGAGCCUGAUCCUUCCUGUAUUCCCAAAAUGGCCAACCUCAACUCACAAACUGCCUACACCAUCCCCAUCCUGGCGUUCGCCUUUGUGUGCCACCCCGAGGUCCUGCCCAUCUACACAGAGCUGCGCAAUCCCACCAAGAAAAAGAUGCAGCAUGUGGCCAACAUCUCCAUUGCAGUCAUGUACUGCAUGUACUUCCUGGCUGCCCUUUUUGGAUACCUAACUUUCUAUGGUGAAGUGGAAGCAGAGCUGCUUCACACCUACAGCCGCAUUGACCCGUAUGACACUUUGAUUUUGUGUGUGCGUGUGGCUGUACUCACUGCUGUCACACUCACUGUACCCAUUGUGCUCUUUCCUGUGAGAAGAGCGAUCCAGCAGAUGAUAUUUCCCAACAAGACCUUUAACUGGCCCCGUCAUAUCGCCAUUGCCGUCGUUCUGCUCACUUUCAUCAACCUGCUGGUCAUCUUUGCUCCCAACAUCCUGGGCAUCUUUGGGAUCAUUGGUGCCACAUCUGCCCCUUGUCUCAUCUUCAUAUUCCCUGCUGUCUUCUACCUUCGUAUUGUUCCAAAUGAAGAGGAGCCAAUGCGCUCAUUCCCCAAAGUCGUGGCCGUCUGUUUUGCUUGCAUAGGAUUCCUGUUUAUGAUAAUGAGCCUGAGCUUCAUCAUCAUUGAUUGGACAUCGGGCAGCAGCAAAGCCAGCAGUGGUCACUAGGCGCCACCUUCCAUUUUUUCUUUUUUGAGGUUUUACAUUGUUGAUUUAGAUCUGUGUUGUAAUGUUCAAGUUCUUACUUUGAAUAAUGUGUGACGCUAAAGAUGCCCUACCUUUUCCAUUAGAGAAUAUUGGCCACAGAGAUGAAGUCGAGUUCAGGAUGACGUUACACUGUCCUGUACAUCCUGCCAAACAGUCACUGCAGAUCUAGGCCGGUCUACCAACUAGAAAGUUGAUAGUUGAAUUCACAAAAUAGGCCAGGUGCAUAAAGAUUAAUGUUGGCAUUAGGAGGCUGUGCCUUGUGAGAUGGAUGUUAAAACCAGAUAAGUAACAAAAUAGAAAGCAGCUGUCAUUAUACGGCUGACCCUGCGUUGGUUGUGAUCAUCUGCCCAUCCUGUCUUGACCCUAAGAGGAUCUCCGAUCUGCAAUCUGCUACUCAGAUUAGAAUAGACCAUCUAAGGCGCCUCCAUUUUAACUGUUGACAAAAAUCUGUUCAAUGAUAGACAAUUAUUAAUAUAUAAUGUUUACGUCUAUUAUUAUUAUUAUUAAGUUAUUUGAAUAACUACAUAUGUUUGUCACUCCGUGCAACUGCAGGUGAAAGUAUAGUAAAAGCUAUUGCACAGAAAGAAAGAUAAGUUCAGGUAUAGUAGGAAAUAAUCUUGAUUUAUACCACUCUCAAUGCUCUGUACAGCAAAUUUGAAUUUACAGCCAGCAGCUGGUUAGCUUAGCUUAGUAAAAAGACCAGAAAAUGUCAAACUGUUCUUUCAAAGUGUGCACCCUUUAGCUCCUAUGCCACUAAGUUGGUUAUUUUAAGGUCUGGAGGUGUUACAUUCUCAACUUUGACAGAGUGGGGUGCUAAACCACACAGACAGUAUGUGGUAAAGUGUUUUAAGCACAUUUAUCAAAGCAUUCCUACACAAUAUGAUCAAGAUGUAUAUUUUUAUUAUGAAUCACUACUUGAUGAAAACCUCAGAAGAUGCAGAAUGGACUGAUGACCUGAUCCUCAGUUCGUCAUUUCAGGUUAGGACGGUUUUUAGAUGGCUCUUGGCUGUCCAGAUCACCACAUAAAACAAUGCCUUGUGUCCGCAUUUUCUUUUAGUAGUACUGUGUAAAUGAAAGUAAUAAAUGGUACCGAAGACCUCAUCAGUUGGAUUGUACAGAUCAAAGUGAUAGAUUAAAUGAAAAGAAGAAAGUCACUGCUCAGUGUUGGUAAUGAUCGAGGGAUGAUUUUUACCUGAAAGAUGUGUUGUUUCUGAACAUUUACUGGAAGUAAUCAGAGAUAACCAAAAAAAUGAAAAAAAACAACAGGGUCAUUUCACGAAGUGGUUAGUAACAGUUUGAUGUCUCUAAAUAUUUCUGUGUCCAGCACAAGCUUGAUCCCUAACAGAAAUGACAAACAUGGGAUUACUGUCUCUUUAACAAUUUUGAAAGGUUUGUGGUUAGCAAUAGCACUUUCCGUUGAUAAGCACAACUUACUGUAGCCAUUAAUAAGUUAAUACGCAAGCAAAUGCUUUGUGAGAAAGUCCCAUAUUCGAUAGAUGUGAUAUAAGGGCAUGUCCCUUUCGUAUAACUAAAUUUUUUGGAGAUAUGUAAUCAAUCUAAUGUAGAUUACGAGCAAUUUAGCAAUGCGUCAAUGGUAUAAUAUGGAUGUCUUCUCAAACAUUACUUGAAAUAAUGUUAAGGUUAGCUUUCCUGUGAGCCCCUGAUACCAUUCAUUUCCUCCUCUGGUCCGUACUGUAGCUAAAUCAACUAAUCAGUUGGAUGUACUGGUGUCUUUGUUGUUUAAAAAAGAAAACAUGGCUCCAUUGUAUUUGAACUUAAAACCUAUAAGUAUUAGUGUUGUUAAACCUGGACCUAUACUCUGAUCAGAAGUAUAAUUCUAGUGUUUGUCUCCUGCCAUUGAUAUAUUAACUGUUGUUUUGAACUUCAUGUUUAGUGUUUAUUCGGUUGACUCUGAUCCAGUGAUGAAAUAUUCUGUUAAUGAUUGAUUUUAUGUGGUUGUCUUUUCAUACAUUUGUCUUUUAUAGUCAGUGGCAUAUCAUCAGUGGUAAAGUUUGGGUCAUUUUUGACUUCCUUGCUGCUUGUUGGCAGACAGUAACUUUUUGACUCUGAGUUGUUAGUGAGCUGGUGUACUGGCCUAUAUUUCAAUAUAUUUUCUUAUGAUCAACUCUGUUACACCAGAGGACAGUGAGUGCUGUGAGGGUAAGUCGGUACUGUCCUGUCAAUUGGUUAAACACCAAACCUCUUUUAAUCUCUUUUUCCAUUGUAUCUAGAUAUUUGGUUGUCUUAAUGUAACUGUAUGCAGAAGGAAUCAUGCGAAUCAGCCACUGGGGCAUGACAUAAUGUUUGGUGUUGUUCUACCAAUGCCAUGGUUAUAUUUAUCCCCAACUUCCUGUUCCUUGUUUGACCUUAGUGAGUUUUUCUAAAGUGCACACAUACAAAACUCUUCGAAAUCUCACAAUACGCAAAAAAGUAAAAAUAAACACGAGGCAACAAAGUGAGGUUAAAGGGGAUACACUGUGUUAGUGGCUGAUACAAUAUGAUCUCCGAGGACCUCUAUUUAGAUCUCAGUGUUGUAAGUCCCUCUUUGUGUGAUUUAUUGAAAUGUGUAUGAUUGAAUAGUAACAUAUUAAAUAUUGACAUUGGCCAGCAUUUAUAAAUAAUGUAUAUAAAUGUAUACCCCUUUAUAUUCUAUAUGCAUAUCUAGUUUGUACAAUGUAAAUAGCUAUUAAAGUUUUAGUCCAAUUAAAAAUAUAAAUGUAAUCAUUUUCAAAGUGCUUUUAAACUUCUUUGUCCUUCAUUUCAUGUCAAUUUUCUUGUAUCUCUAUAUAUUUUAAUAUGAUGCUGGCAGUUAUUGUA